AGCAAUAGAAUUGUCAAGAAAUAAACCAAUUCAAUGCGAAAAAGCAACUCCCCGCCUCAUCAGCGGGAACCAGUCACCACCGGACAGGGAGUUUUGCGCCGUUCGUAGCCGGCCCUGUUAGAGAAUACAGCGCAGUAAUAACGUCGCACUACGUUGUAAAACUUUUCACGUGCUUGGUGCAUUCGUCCAGUAUUUCGUAUUUGCAAAAAAACGAAGUAUGGAGAAACUGAAAUCGGAAGACCAGCUGCUGGACUACAUUCAGACACGGCAGUCGGAGUAUCGUACGAAAAAAUCCCCUCUCCCCAUUUUGAAAACGUAUCCGUCUGAAAAUUUGUGAUGCGCAUUUGGGGCCUCAAAUCCUGUCUGGCUUGCAAGAAGGCAAGACCACGGAGCGCCCCACAUUUUGCAGGCGGUUUGUGAUGCUGUUGGGCUUAGAGCAUACACGUUCGCCAUGCUAGGCGCCUACGUCAAAACCUCUCGGCUGCGGCUUGGCGUAUGCCUACAGUCCUCCACUGCAAGACAAAUCUGCCCUGUGUGCGGAAAUCCAGCAUCAGAGACUUCGUUUCGAUAUGGGGAGGGGGGAUUUUUCCUUUUGAUACGGAGGUCGACGCCACCAAGCAAACGGAGACCACGAGACAUUCCGAAUGGACUGGCUCGUAUUUUUCUUUUGAAAAUUUUUUUACACGACAGUAGUACUGAAAAAUUUUAUUUUUCGACGACGACGUCCAAGCGCGUCGGCCUUAAAUCGUCCGCAUAGGUAGUGGUAUCUACUUCGCUUUUGUUUAUCUGUCGAGGUACGGUGUCGGCACGCGAACGAGCGCCACUUCGACGGGGCGGAACGGCACAGUGACGACCCUGUCCAGCGGCAAGCGUCCCCACCUUGGACUCCCCUUGAGCCAGGUCGAGCGCCACGAUGCAAUCAGCUGCCACGCCACGGGAAAGCGAAAUUGCUGCGCGCCGGACGACCUCAUUCGCAUCUACGUCAAGUUCCCGCUCAGUGGGGACCGUAUUUUCAUCAUUUUGCCCAACCGUUUUGCCUGUGUUUCUUGCGGUGUUUGCGUAUAGUUGAGAUUUCUUUCGCAACCGUUCUUUAUUCGGUUGAAAUUGCGUCGCCUCCAAUGAAUUGUCGGACAUAAAACGCCACAACAGGUCUGGCAUUUUGGGUCCACCGCGAGCUCAUGAUUGGAGGUGCGCUUCCCGCCAAUGCCCAGCGCAACCGGUUCACUGAGAUUUUUGGAGAGCGGGAAGAAGAGAAUGCGGAGAACAAAACAGGUAGGCUAGUAGAAUGAAUGUCGAAUAAAUCACCUCUGCUUGUUGACAAUUUUUUCUUGAUCACGACGACACAAAGUUGUGUGAGCAAAUCAGCCAGAAAGAAAAACCAUUUAUUUCCAAACAGACACGGCCGCCGAACAAGACUAUCUGAUGCAGCUGAUGCAGCAGGAUAGUUUAAAGCUGCGCAUACAAGAGCUGACGGGAAUACCUGUCAAAGACCAGAAGUUGUGGUACAACAAAAUUCCGAUCACAAAUCCCAUCGCGUCGCUGCGGAGGGCUGGUAUACUCAUAGGAGUGGUUUCACUUUCACUCCAACAAAAGAAUGUUGCUACUUAAGAAAUUUUGUCUUGCCACACUUCGUUGCGAAGAACCCAGGGUAAGGUUUAUCUUUAUUUGCAGGCGACAUUUUUUAAUUAUCGCAGCACACUUUUUUGUUCACAAACCAGGCAUCGGGCACGGCUCGGAGCUGAUGAUCCGUUGCAAAACGCGGGUUGCCCGAAGGUCGAUGAAUUCCGUCGACGGUACGCGGCAGCAGCUGGUGGAAGAUGUCGGUGAGAGCAUCGCGAGCUCCCACGCCCACCGGGACAAAAUUGGGAAGGGGCCAGAGGUUGGCUACCGCUGGUACAACCAGUCCGGCGAGCACGAAACGCGACGAAAGUCGCUUCAAGUCGAGGCGGAGAAACCCUAUGUGGACCGCAUCAGCAACACGUCAGACAAAAGUACUGCUUGCGCUUUUUCAUUUUGGCACGUUCAAAGCGUUUGCUAGCUUCGGCAUUUCUUGCCGCAGAGUGAUCCAUCUUAUCUUUGCCAAGAUGAUAUUAAGAUAUCGAAAGACCAAGAACGCAGGAGUUCUGCGUCGUGCGCGCGCGGAGAAUAUUACAGGCAAUUCGCGCAGAUAUUUCAUCCACAAGAGUUUUAAUAUAAUCCCGCUUUUCUACCUACCGACCUGAACCUGCAGGUCAAGCCCGGAAGAGCGCGGAGAGCCACAAACGGGAUUCCUACGGUUCCGCAGCCGCCUCGGAUACGGCCAGCAGUGUAGGCGGUGGUGCCGGCGGCGGGAGUAGUGCUGGCGGACCGGCCGUGGAAACGAACCGCGUUAUCACAAAAGACUACGAUAUCGACAUGAAUUUACUGCACAAGCGCGUCUCCCAACUGCCGAAGUCGGACGCGGUCUUCACGAAUCGCAGCUCCGUCUCGAAUGCCUCCUCCUCCAUAUCCUGAGUAAAAAUGUCCCCACACCAUAGUUAAGUUGGGAUCUCUGCAACACAGAUCCUGGAGGUUUGGACGCCACGCAUGACAAGUUGCAGCCCGUAGUGUAGUGCAGGUUAGCAGGGACAGCCGCAUCACAAAUCGAGAUGCGUAUCCUGUUUACAGCAUUACAAACUCCAAAACACGACUGGAAAUGCCCAUCAUAGGGAUGCGCAUCACAAAUGUUCUUGUCAUCGCAAAUCUGCACGACUGGAAAUGCCCAUCAUAGGGAUGCGCAUCACAAAUUUCGUGCGGGGGGAGACCAAUGUGGUCUCCCCCCCCCCGCUGUGACUAUUAAAAAACACACCAGGGAACUUUUUUUCCAGCAGAGGCUGGUCGUGGGUUGUGGGGAUGAGAAAUAGAAACAAUAUGCUAGCACGAUUUGAAGUCAAGCGUAAGCUCUUUAAGAUUUCCGCUUCGCUUUAUUUCAGUUUUUCAGCACAGACUAGCAACUAGAUACAGACUAACAGACACUAAGUUUAGAAGAAAACACUAUGAAAAGCGAAGAUCUGCCUGCUAGCGCGGACAUACGACACGCACGCGGGGGAGGAGGGGGAAAACGCAAGCGAAGCGAGAACAAGACGCGCAGUGCAAUGUGCUGGAGCAGAGGACAAGAGCAGAUAGUAAGAAUAUCAAAACAAGAUGAAAAGUGCACGCAUACACGCGCACUGCUUAACUGUGUGAAAGGUGUCGGCCCUGUUUGACCUGCUGCGGCAGGCAGGUGAAUUCGUAGAGCUGCUUCACAUGUUAAGUAACGCACACCGGCCUCCUAGUUUUAGUGAUGAAUUUAUAUGCGUCAACAGAGCGGGGCCCAAUCAAAAAAAUAAAAUCUGCAUGACAACUCUGGGGUGGGGAUGUUUUUACAUAGGAUACUCCAGACCGUCUGACCGCGCGUCCCGUCUGGGCCAGUCCCAGUACCUCGGGCGGAACAUAUCAAAUGUAAAAGUGUCUGGGUCUGGAAGAAUGCAACUUGUCAUGCUAAAUCUGAAGCAUGCAAAAAUCUGUGUUGCAUGAUUACCAAAAGUCGUCCAGUUUUGACCAAGUCGGGAGCGAGUUUGUCAUGCAGGAUAGGCAUGAGAGAGAUCGCACAGAAUCUGUCAUGCUAGGUCCCGCAUUCCUGGGCUCAUGGGUCAUGGAAAAGCUGCAUGACAAAUCGCGCACUUUUCCAGACCCAGACAUUUUUACAUUUGAUAGAACAGCUCCCAAUACAACCGUAGGUCGUCCGCAACAUCGUCGCAACGAGAGACGACGCAGGGAGGUAUUGGUUCUAUUUGUGUCUACUGCAGGCAUUCUUGAGGAAGUAAGGUUGUACCGCGGUUCUUGCCAUUGCGAUUCAUUUGUUGCGAAGUUCUUUCAUAUUUGAUACUGUGCAAUAAACCAUAUCAUCUAUCAGCUGACGACGCGGGCGGAGGCGACACCCAGUCGACGUUUGAGCACGUGGUCGCGCGCAUGUCGGAGCAGGACAAGAAUAUCCUGCGACAGCAAUUUCAGCACGACCUGCUCCGGAUCGAGCACAGCAGCCCGACGGAGCAGCAAAGCAACAACCCGUGCUUCGGGCGGGGGUCCUUGCAGGAGCAAACCAUCUACGAAGAGGAGGACGAGCCGGACUUCGGGCUGGAAGCGCUGGCCCGGAUAUCCGCACCGGACAACAUUCCGGCGAUGCCCGGCGAGCAGUUUUAUAAUCAUAAAAGCAUUCCCGAGGAAGACGAGGAGGAGCCCGCGGCGCCGCCCGCCGGGAUUUUCGAGCGAAUAUCCAGCUACUUCUCCCGGGGCGGUAGUAAUAGCAACAGUAACACCCCCUCCGCGCCGUCCAAUGCCGGGCCGCAGCAACCGCCCAGACGGCGGAAUUCCACGGGAAGCAACCAUUCCGGCGCGCCCUCGUCCCCCACUGGGUUGCUAGUACAACAGCUUCCGGAAAACGAGGAAUUCGCAUCGGUAACGCCGAGCAGCCCAUCCAUGCUGGCGUAUCAAGAGGACGACGCGCUGUCCCGUUACGUGCGAAACAGCGAGACAAACCUGCACAACCGGAACAGCGAUAUGAAUGUGCAGAUGAACCGCGUCUCGGGGAACGCGAAUGGUGAGAACAAGGAGGGGAACAACAAACCAAAGCUGUCCGCGCGAAGAAGCAGCGCCGCGCAGAAGCUGGUACUGGGCAAUCCAAACCUGCCGACCAGCAGCACGAGGAACUCGACCGGGUUCGGCGGGAUGAGCAUGAGCAGCAAUGGGGCCGCGCGACGCUCCUCUCAACUGUCUGGGACCAAGCCCUUCUUGAUCAUGCCCAAAAUGCACUUCAAUCCUCAGCCCAAGCUGUUUGAAGCACCUAAGAUCGUGUACGAAAGCCCGCUGUACUUCGACGACUUUUCGCUCGGGGACAAGCGCUUUCACGACGGGGGACACGGAGACGCCUUUGCGCGGGUGCGUGAAAAGGUCUUAGGCAUUCCGAUGCUUGAUCGGGCGGUGUAAAUUAGUGAGUACCCGGCUGCUCGUCUCUUCGGGUGUUGCGGUCUUGCGCCAAAAGCGCGGAUUGUUCCAGUCGUGAUCUUGCAAGGGCUGGACUUCUGACGCAUCAUCGGGAAGCAGCGGCUGGCAGCAAGAAACGUGAUUCUAUGGGCAAUUAUAUCGACGUAGGAAUACAGGUCAAUCGUAUUUUUCGCAAACUGAACUUGAACUUUGUAGCGAACUGUGAACUAUUCCGUUGAAUGAUGAUACUGUGAGCUUUCGAGUCUCUGUGAGAGUUUAUGUACAACGCGUAAACGUAUUAAAAGGUAAAUUCAUUCUGUGGCUUUGUCACGGAAGAGACAGUUGUUGAGGUACUUACUAUUGGAUGCCGUUGAGAAUACCCGGAAAACUUUGCUUUUACAGUAGCCUUGCUGCUACUGAGCAGAAGCUUUUAUUGUACGAGAAUACCGAUUUGCAAUCAUGCGGCUUCGAACGUCG